AUGACUGAUGUUUUCUUUUUCUACAAAUACAGCAUCAAGAAGCCCAAGACCCACCGUUACCCUUCCCUGAAGGGCGUUGACCCCAAGUUCCGCCGUAACCACAGGCACGCUCUCCAUGGCACCGCUAAGGCUCUGAGGGAGAGAAAGGAGGGCAAGCGCGAGGUCGCAUAG